AUGCAGUGGCUGUGGCCGCUGGGCGUCUCCCUCGCCGUGGCGCUGGCAGCUGGGCCCGAAAGGGCCCCUGGGGGGGUCCGCCUGCACCAGGGUGGGCACCGGCCUGUGGCCCAGGAGCAGCCAGACCGGUCCAGGCGAGCAGCCGAGUGGGAAGAUGCCAAGGGGCUGCAGCAGUACGUGCCCGAGGGGUGGGCUGGGCACCCCCGGCCCAUCCGCCCCGCCACCCCGCAGCCCUCCCAGCCCCGGGUGGCCGCCAGCCCCUCCCCGGGCCAGGCCAGGGCCGCUGGGGGCAGUGGGCAGGAGCCCCGGGGCAACGUGACGGGGACGCCCGGCCAGCGCCGGCAGGUGCAGAACCCCCUCUACCCGGUGACCGAGCGCUCAUACAGGGCCUACGCCGUCCUGCUGCUGGCCCUGGUGCUGUUCGCCGUGGGCAUCGUGGGCAGCCUGGCUGUCAUGUGCAUCGUGUGGCACAGCUACUACCUGAAGAGCGCCUGGAACUCCAUCCUGGCCAGCCUGGCGCUCUGGGACUUCCUCGUCUUGUUCUUCUGCCUCCCCGUCGUCACCUUCCACGAGAUCACCAAGCAGAGGCUGCUUGGCGCGGUGUCCUGCAGAGCGGUGCCCUUCGUGGAGGUCUCCUCCCUGGGCGUCACCACCUUCAGCCUCUGUGCCUUGGGCAUCGAUCGCUUCCACGUGGCCACCAGCACCCUGCCCAAGGCCAGGCCCAUCGAGCCGUGCCCGUCCAUCCUGGCCAAGCUGGCGGUCAUCUGGGUGGGCUCCAUGACGCUGGCGGCGCCCGAGCUCCUGCUGUGGCAGCUGGUGCGGGAGCCCAGCACCGCUGCGGGCACCGUGGACGCGUGCGUCAUGAAGCCCUCAGCCCACCUGCCCGAGUCGCUCUACUCACUGGUCCUGACCUACCAGAAUGCCCGCAUGUGGUGGUCCUUCGGCUGCUACUUCUGCCUGCCCGUGCUCUUCACCGUCACCUGCCAGCUGGUGACGUGGCGGGUGCGGGGCCCGCCAGGCAGGAAGCCCGAGAGCCGGCCGGGCCUGCAGGAGCCGCCGGGGGGCCGGCCCAGCAGCACCGUGGCGGGCCUGGCCGCUGUGCACGCCCUCUGCGCCCUCCCCGAGAGCGUGUGCAGCGUCGUGGCCGCCUACCUGUCGGCCGCGCUCCCGCGCCAGACCCUGGAGCUGCUGGGUCUGGUCACGCAGUUCUCCACCUUCUUCAAGGCGGCCGUCACGCCGCUGCUGCUCCUGUGCGUGAGCCGCCCGCUGGGCCGCGCCUUCCUGGACUGCUGCUGCUGCUGCUGCGGCGAGGGCUGCGGCCGGCCGGCGGCCCCCAGCGGCCCCCACGCCAAGCUGCACACAGAGCUCUCCGCCUGCGGCUACUUCCACAAGCCCCGCGAGGCGCCGCCGCUCCUGGCCCUGGGCACGCCCUGCUGA